CUGGAUAACAAAGGACUCUGAGGAGUUUAAACAGAGGCAGCUGUGAGGGAGUGCAGCAGACGGACAGAUCUGUUCAACAUGAAUCCUGCUCUGGUGGCGCUCCUCUGGUCUCUGCUUGCYUCCACAGCAGCUCAGCCCUACGACCACUAUGACAUGGGCUGGGUGAACGGCUACCGCCAGGGCUUCAACUUCCAGUGUCCCCACGGAGAGGUCCUCGUCGCCGUCAGGAGCUACUUCAGUGAGGCGGAUGGCUCGGACCGCCUGUGGUCAUUUGAAUGCCAGCCCACACCUGAGGGACUGGGCGAGCCCAGUGACUGCUGGUGGGACGACAUCAACCGUGCWGGGCUGGAGUGGACAUCUACAUGCACCCGCAACGGCCUGGUGGCAGGUGUGCAGAGCAAAUACUUUGAGUCUGUUCUGGACCGGGAAUGGCAGUUCUACUGCUGCUACUACAAACGCCGCUGCCCGUACUCCUGCAUGAAGACCACUGAAGUUCCUGAAUACUACAGAGAAGAGGGGGAGAUGGUGGUCCYGAGUUACGGCUACUUUAUCCGAGGAGCCCAGACUACUUUCAGCGGAGUCCUGAGAGAUCGCCAGUGGAAGUACAUCUUGUGCAGAAUGACAGACUUUGACUGUGAAUUUGAGAAUUUAUAAGCUCAUAAGGAGAAUUUUACUGACACGUAAACAUAUAAAAUACAACAUUUCUCCUUCUGUCAGGUCAUACCAUAAAAAUGACACUACAUAAACAUAAAACCAAUCUUUUUUUGUAUUUCUUGUAUUUACUUUGAAUAAACAGGCCAGCAUCUGGAAUGUGAUAUAUGCUUGUUAUCACCGUUUUUCAUUAGUCUAGCGAGAAGAAUGAUUAUAUAUUGUGUAAAAGUAAUAAAAUGAAAUAAACAUUUACAAAACUUAA